AUCACCACGACGACACGACCCCCUCAAACGCCGCAACCAUGUCGACCCGACGUCCUCAGUUCAACGAGCAGGUCCACUACGACACCACGCCCCUCCCGGCCUCAAUUCCCAAGGUCCAGGAGGUCGGUGCGAGCUCUGCGCCCCUUCUCUCCGCGUCUUUCUUCAUCGGCGCCCGGUGCCGCGACUACAAUGACGACUACAUGCAGUGCAAGACCGACUCGGCGGGCCGCGGCGAGUUCGACUGCAUGAAGGAGGGCCGCAGGGUGACGAGGUGUGCUCAGAGCGUCCUCCAGGACAUCAACACCCACUGCCUCGAGUCCUUCCGCGCCCACUGGAACUGCCUCGAGAACCGCAACCACCAGCUGUAUCAGUGCCGCCCGCAGGAGUGGAAGCUGAACAAGUGUGUCUUUGAGAACCUCAAGCUCGAGAAGAACAUUCCCAACCAGCGACCAGGUGUCACCCCCGUCGAGCUGAGACAACACAUGAUCUACGCCGACGGUGCCAUCAACCCUCUCGAGGGCAAGCCGUUCAUCCCCCCCUCGAAGGCCGAGGGCGCGAAGCAGGCGUAAGCGUGGACCGUGGCCUGUGUACGUGGUGCAGAGCGGAGAAAGGUGUUGCUAGACGAGUUCGGCAAAGUACUGGGUGAUCACAAGGCUGCGAUGCGGCUGUGUACAUAUGUCAUCAAUUGAGUAGGGCGGGGUUCGCCGUAUGAUC